UUGUUUCAUUUUACUAUUGACAUUUUAUAAUCAUGCUAUUCAUUCCGUUUAUAAUUUAAGCAAAACUCAUUCAUUCACAUUUACGGAAUAAAUGCUAUAAUUACAUGUAAGUACGUAGAAUACAUGCUGAUUCGUUCCGCGGAGCGAAUAACAUGAUUAUGCCACAGAUAUAAGUUUUUGAGUGUAAGACAAUUUUACGUUUGAGUUAUCUUGAAUAAUCCAUUUUUGGUGGAGGGAAUUCCCGAAGUUGAAUCUGUAUUCUUCAUUGAAAGCGUAUAGAUCACAUUUCCAGGUUUUGUAACUUUUAGAAUCUCUUUUGGACUCCACUAAACGUGAGCAUGUUUGGAACUGGUGGCCCACCUGGUGGUUUCCCAUUUGUUACUCGGACACCAUCUACGCAGGGAGCUCCUGCUAGUUCUACUGCUACACCUGUAGCAGCUGGAAUUCCAUUUGGACAGAAACCUGCAACAUCAGCAACAGCAUCUCCAUUUGCUUUGGGAACACCAUCCCAAACCUCCACCCCCGGGUUCUCCUUUGGAUCCACUGCUCCAUCAGCAGCACCUGGAGGUUUUACGUUUGGAUCAGGUCUGGGUGGUGCCACUCAGCCUAAUGUAGCUACCCCAGCCAGCCAGCCAACUGCCCCAGUAUCCACUGGUACACCACAGCUGGGUGGCCUGACAGGAUUUGCCAUGGGUAAAAUGCCUACAGUGUCCACAGCAACACCAGGAGCUGUUCCAGUUGCUGUCCCUGCAGGACUGACACUGGGAUCAACUGCUGGCACAGCAACUUUCAACAUGACUGGACAAUUACCUACUGCAGGUACAAAGCCACUUGGUAUAUCAGUGGGAUCUACCCAGGGAACUCCCACGGGCCUGACUCUGGGGACUGCUCCCACCACUGCCCCCACAGGACUUCCUCUUGGAUCAACCACCAGUUCUAGUGGUUUUCAGUUUGGUGGUGCCAAAACAACAGGAACAGCGCCAUCUCUUGGAGGACAAAUUUCUGGCACUACCUCAACUGCCACUACAACACAAGCUUCCUCACUGGGUUUUCCAUUAGCAGCUGCCACGACUAGCACUCCAACAACCAGUUCUGGCACAGGUUUGGCUGCUGCAGUCAAAGUUCCUGGUACCCAGAUGUCAUAUCAACAACUGGAGGAGAAUAUCAACAAAUGGAUGUCAGAGCUAGAGAAGCAAGAACAGGACUUCUUAGAGCUGGCUACUCAGGUCAAUGCUUGGGACAGACUGUUGGUGGAAAAUGGAGAGAAGAUAACUACGCUAAACAGCGACAUGGAACGUGUCAAAAUAGACCAGCAGAAACUGGACCAUGAAUUAGAUUUCAUUCACUCGCAGCAGCGGGAAUUAGAAGACCUGUUGACUCCUCUGGAGAAGGCAGUUGAACAACAACCAAACAUCAACAUUCAGCAGCACUCUGCCCUGGAGAGGGAGAACACUUAUCAACUAGCAGAAAAUAUUGAUGCACAACUGAAGAGAAUGCUGUCAGAUUUAAAAGAAAUCAUAGAUCAUUUGAAUUCUUCAAAUACCAACCAGGAUCAGAAUGACCCAAUUCAACAAAUUACAAAAAUUCUGAAUUCUCACAUGGACUCACUUCAGUGGAUUGAUCAGAAUUCAACUUUACUGGGAAGAAAAGUGGAUGAAAUUUCAAAACAGAUGGAAAUUCAGAGGCGAGAGCAGGAGAGGAAUUUCAGACUCGUGUACAACUGACCUGUACUGUUUAGCAGACAGGAGACUGGAAUAAGAGUGAUUGUUAAAUGUUCCAUGUUCAACUCACUGGUGUAACUAACCAGCAUAUUCCUUUCUGAAUACAACUGACCAUUAUAAUUGAUGAUUUGGAAUAAAACUGAUUGUUUUUUAAAUAUA